AUGGAAACUGGGCACACCACAAUCGGAGAUUACAAUAUAAUCAGAACACUCGGCAGUGGGACCACAUGCAAAGUCAAACUAGCUCAACACCAACUAACAGGAGAGUAUUACGCAAUUAAAAUAAUUAAAAAGAGUCAUUUUGCUCAAAAACCAAAUCUCGAAAUGAAAAUAUAUAGGGAAAUUUCUUUAAUGAGAAUGGUUGACCAUCCACACAUUAUAAAAUUGCAUGAUGUACUUGAAUCCCCAAGGCAUAUUUACAUUAUUCUUGAAUACGCACAAAAUGGUGAAUUAUUUGACUAUUUAGUACGAUCCAAAUGCUUGAAAGAGGAUGUAGCAAUGGAUAUGUUCCGCCAAAUCAUUUAUGCACUUGAGUAUCUCCACCUUCAUAAUAUUUGUCACAGAGAUCUUAAACCUGAGAACAUUUUACUUGAUAAAAACAACAGAAUCAAGAUUGCCGACUUCGGAUUUGCCAGAUGGAUGCGCCAUUGCGUUGCCAAUACCAGCUGCGGUUCACCUCAUUACGCUGCCCCAGAAGUUAUUCGUGGAUACGAAUAUGACGGACGCGCAGCUGACAUCUGGAGUGCCGGUGUUAUUCUUUUUGCAUUGCUUGCAGGAUAUUUACCUUUUGAUGAUCAUUCAAUUCACAUUCUCCUUCAGAAAGUCAAGCGCGGUAAAUUCACAAUGCCUCCAGAGUUCCAUCCGGACUUGAAGGACAUGAUACAGAGAAUGAUUACAGUUGACGUCUCUCAGAGAAUAACUCUCGAUCAAAUUAAGAAACAUCGCGCUUUCUUGAUAAAACUUCCGAGAUACUACGUUCUUCCUACACCGAUACACCCAUCUUCUAUCUCUGCUCCAAUUGAUCCUUCAACAUUGAACGAUCAAAUCUUCGAAACCUUGAAGAGAAUAGGAAUUUCCAAGGAAGAAGCCCUUCAAGAAAUCACGAGUGAAACGACCAACCAAGUCAAAAUGUUUAUUGAUCUUAUUCAGCAAAAAACUCACUUGGAUGAUUUGCCUUGGGAAACUGCUUCAAACGAAGUUGCAGAUAAUGGCGAGAACGUAGAGAACUUCCUCGACGGAGAAGUCGCAAUUGGAGAUUUACCAAGACAAGAUCCAGUUGGAUCUCUUAGCGACUUCCCACAGUCUCUUGCUGUUCGUCCGACAUGGUUCCCGUCAACACCAGUCAUGGAAUAUCAGACUAUCGAUGUUUUCGGACCUUCAAUGCAGCCUCUUUGUCAGAUUAUUGCUGAAAUUCAAAUGCUCUUUUCUCAGGCAUCUCUUCCAUUCUUCCAUCCAAAUGAUAUGGUUCUUAUCGCAAAAUACGACGAAGAAACGUUUAUUAGAGUCGAAGCUGAUUACAAUGAAAGCAAAUUAUUAGUUACUGUCAAGACAAUUGGACAGAAUGCAGCUCUAAGCCAACUUAUUACCAACAAGAUAGCCGAAAUUAUGUCAACCUAG